AUGCACAGUGGACCCUCUGGUUUCCCGGACCUGAGCUCCCCGUUUAAGGAUGACCCCCAGCAGCCUCUGUCCCUCACGGCUCGCUUCCCCACCAACGUGACCACCGCCGCGCCGGCCAAGCGAAUCACCUUCUUCAAGAGCGGCGACGCGCAGUUCAGCGGCGUGCGCAUGGCCAUUCACAACCGCAGCUUCAAGUGCUUCGACGCCCUGCUGGACGACCUCUCGCAGAAAGUGCCCCUGCCAUUUGGCGUGCGCACCAUCACCACGCCGCGCGGCACCCACAGCAUCAAGCGCCUGGAGCAGCUGGAGGACGGCGGCUGCUACCUGUGCUCGGACCUCCGCCACGUCAGGCCCAUCAACAUGGAGGUGGCGGGGAAACGGCCGACCGUGUGGCACCACCACAGCCGCCCGCACAGCGCCCGCCGCAGGCCCACGCGGCCCGAGGAGGCCCCGCCCGAGCACGCCAGCCCGCACUACUACCGCCACCCCAAGCGCAUCGUGCUGGUGAAGAACGCCGACCCGUCGGUGAGGCGCUCCAUUGUCCUGAGCCGCCGGACGGCGCGCAGCCUCCGCGUCUUCAUGGAGGAGGUGUCCGAACUCAUGCAGUGCCACAUCAAGAAACUCUACACCAUCGAGGGACGCAAGAUUGACAGCAUCCAGACGUUGAUGCACUGCCCUAACGUGCUGGUGUGUGUGGGUCGGGAGCCGUUCAGGCCUCUAAUGGUGGAAUGCCAGAAGAGCUCCGAGGAGAAGCUCCCGGGGGUGAGCGCCCGCUCCCGCUCCAGCGUCUGCAGCGAGGGACACGAGAGCAAGAAAAAUGUGAAUUUUGGUCUCGAGACUAAGAAGAGCAUCAUCCACCCAAGGUCAGACUCCAGCAACAGGUCGACUCGAUUUUCUCUGUCAUCAGAGAAAUCCUACCCAAAUGGACUGUGUACACCUGGCCAAUCUGGUUAUGUCACAAACUGCCCUCAUACAAAGGAAGCCAUCAUAAAUGAUGACAUUGAGAAGCGAGUCCUUGUCAACAAAGAUGGCAGCCUCUCUGUUGAAAUGAAAGUCCGCUUCCGCCUCACCAACGAUGAGACUCUCCAGUGGUCCACGGAGAUCAAGAAAUCUCCUGGGGUCACCAACGACGCCAUUAACGAAAAGGAAGCAAAUCCCCAUAACCUACAGCAAGGUAAAGAGUCCUCAGAGCGGGAGUCAAGUGGUGAUGUUGAGGAGACUUAUGCCAAAGUACGCCAUAGACGAAUGGAGGAAUCUCACUGUGAAAACUGCUGCAACCACUGCCAGGAGUAUGACAUAUGGAAAAACCCCAUGCACAGAGAACACCACAGGUCAUCCAGGCUGGUCAAGUCCUCUAGCUCCAGCGCAUCGUCCCAUAAGAUUGUCCGCAAGGAGGCUUCUGUGGACAGCAUUCGCACCGUCUCCCGCUCCAGCGAGGAAUACACAGAGCACGUGGUGGAGAAGGCCUCGUGCUACCAACAGACUGUGGACGGAGGAGAUACCAUGGUGGAGUACUGCACCAUAAGCCGCUGCUGCAGCCGCAGUGAGGUCUGUUCCAUGGCCACAACGUCAAAGAGCAAGAGGUCCCAUGCUGAGAGGGGCGAGGGAGAGAGCCGAAUGCUUCACAACGGCGAGAGGAGACCAGACACAUCAGAGCGAAAGCACCGCCACUCGGGCAUGUGCUGUGUUGAGGUCACCAAGGCAUCAGACACAGAGGAUCGUCCUGUCUCUGCGGUAAGCAACUCCUCAAAAGUGCUCGAGUCCCUGAAGGAGGAUGAAGACGAUGAUGACCUCCCACUCGGCGCUUCCAGGAGCACUCUGUGUUCUCAGGGUGCUACUGAAAUUGACAAUGCUGAAGCAGAGCCCACCGAUACCCCUGCAGGCCAGGAGGUCGCACAGGCUGCAGAGGAGGUCAACGAGAGGUCAAAGAGUGCCUUAAGUGUGGCCUCCCACACCUCCAAGAAGUCAGCCCGAGCUCCCUCUCCCAGACCGAAAUCUAGCCAAAAUCUCCUAAGAGAGCUGUCUGGAAACACAAGACCAAGCAGCAGAGUUUCGAGUAAUGUACUUAGAGAAAAAGAAAAUGACAAGCUGGAAACUAAAAGUAACAAGAGCAGCAAAAGCACACAUAAGAAAAUCAGCUCCUCACAAAGAGACGAGCAGUCCUCAUUAGAGUUGAUGCAGACUUGCUUGCCAAACACAUCUCCCAAUGAUGUUGUGAAUGAGUGGUUGAAGAACAUUCCGGUUGAUGGCCCAAUGUAUGAAAUGGAAGACGAAUUAGCAGAACCCAAGGAUCCACCACAGGUGGAAUCAGUGGAGAAUGCUGAGGAGACUGUUCAAAACGAGAGUGAACAGGAAGUCGAGGAGGCUGCUGCAGCAGAGGAGAAUGCAUCUGAGUCGAAUGUUGAGAAGGAGCAUGCUCCAGUGGAGCCAGAAGAAGACACUGCCGUUGAAGGUGACGUGGCCGAGACCUCCCAGGCAGAGGAGUCAAACACUCCCAAACCCAACUCUGAUUCACCCAGAAAAGAGCAAUUCCCAAAGCGAUCCCACUCUACCGCCCAGGUCAUGAAGGCCCUUUUGAGCCCCAAAAUGGACAGAUGCAACAGCCUUCCAGAGGUCUCUCCUGUGUAUGGCAGGAAACUCAGCAAAUCUGCCAAAGGACUCCUAGACUGUCUCGCAAAACUUAGACUCAUCGACUCUGAUCCAACAGGCACCCAAAAUGAAAAAUACAGUGAGAUCAUGACCAUUCUCCAAACACUCUGGCUAUAUGACCCCACUGAGGGGGAUCAGAAGACACAGAGGGGCAAAGAUCAUCCCCCGGCUGAGGAUGAGGCAAAUCCCAGAUCAUCCUCUGGGGUUGAUGUCAGCAGUGGCUCAGAUGAGUCGGCAAAGAGCAUGAUCAAUGGUGGGGAGGAGAAAGCUGCAUCAGCACCUCCUACUCUGGUAGGAGAACCGUUGUCAGAUUCAGAAGGGCACAAAGAGGGGGCUGGUAGCGCAGAGGAAGGUGAGGUGGAAACCCCUGCAGAAGCCUCCCCAGAAGAAGGGGGCGAUGAAGAGAACGGCUCAGUCUCUGCACCAGAGCAGGCCGCAGAACCGGAGCAAGAGGAAGCUGUCCAGGAAAGCCCAGACGAUGGGGAGAAGAACGAUGAAGCCGGUACUGAAAAUGUCCCAGAUGAUGCCCCAGUGGAGUUGGGAGAGAGUCUUGAGAGUCCCAAAGAAAAUGAAGAAACAGUUCAGUCACCCACUGACAGCUCUGGGAAAGAAAGCAGAUCAGCCAAUGGAACCGAGAGCGAUCGUCCAGACGAUUCCAGUUCAGGCACACCUCCCUCUGUACAACGAGCUCAGCUGUCGAGGAAAGCCUCCCAAGACCCAGAUCCAAUGUGGGUGUUGAGCCUCCUGAAGAAAAUAGAGAAGCAAUUCAUGUCUCACUAUGCCAGUGCAAUGGCGGAGUUCAAGGUGCGCUGGGACUUGGAUGACAAUGUGAUGCUUGACACAAUGAUCAACGAACUCAAAGUUGAAGUGCAUAAAAGAAUACAAGAUAGUAUUAAAAGAGAGCUCCAGAAGAUUCAGGGUCGUGCAGGGAGAUCCCCGAGACCACCUGUGAACGCCCUGUCUAAAGAGUUCUCUGUUCAGACCGAUCAAAGGCGCCGGCGUUUGAAGGUCAUGCGUAAGCAAUCCCUCAUGCCAUCCAAAAGCGAGGAGAGCGAUGGUGCGUCUGGUACAGAUAACAGUGAUCAGCGCAGUGAUGACGAGUACUGCCCAUGUGAGGCUUGCAUGCAGAAGAAACUGGAGGCCAGGCAGGUGCUUCGAGCUGAGCUCAUAAACACCGCCCCCGUCAGGAUGGAUUUCGACCUGAGAAAAAUCCUCCAGUUCAAAAGAGAUCCCCCUCCGGCCCCCAAGGUAGAGCAGACACCAGCAGAGCCUCCCAAGAACCAAUCCGAGUCAGAGGUGCAAGACAAUGAAGGGGGUAACUUAGAGGCGGUCCAGGAGGAACCUGAGCAGGAGGAAGAGGUUCUAGAGGAAAACAACGCAGAGGAGGAGGGAGAUGAGGCAGGUGAAAAAGUGGACGCAGAAGAUGAAGAGAAGGAUGGCGGAGAUGAAAUAGUCGUUGAUGGGGAGGAUGGAGGUGAAGAGGACGAGGAAGAAAACGAAGCAGCAGCAUCAGAUGAAAUAGUUACUGGGGAGGUGGAGGAGGAAGAGGGAGAAGAAGCUGAAGAGACGAACGAGAACCUCGAAACAGAGGAGGGAGAUGAUGAGCACACUGCUGAAGCAGAGGUCGCUGAGGAAGAGGCAGCUGAAGAUGAGGUAGAAGAGGUGGUGGCAGAUGGUUCAGAAGAGCAAGACACAGCAAAUCAGCAGUUGAGUAAGGAUGGAACUGAAGAUGAGGCCAUUGCAGAGAAGACACCAAUGGAUGAUACAGAAGGAGAUGUCGACUGCAACCAGUGUGACUCCACUGAAGCGGUGGAUGAAAUAGAGGAAGAUGUAGAUGAGGAGAUUCGAAACGUGUGCAACGAAGACGGGACUGAAGAGGCCACUGAUGCUGAAGGGGAUGCUACAGUUCAAAGUGACACAGGGGCUGAGGAGGCUAGCGAAGGACCCCAGGAUCAGGACGAGGGUGAUGAAGAUGAGGAGGACACUAAGGUGGCGGACUUGAAACCCGCCAAAGGGGAAUCGUGGGAGCAGUUCCGAAACAGACAGAUGACCAGAACAUCAGUCGAAUCACAGCCAGGAUCGAUGGACUCCGUGGAGCUAGAGCUGGAAGCCAAGCAGAUUGUACAGUCAGUUUUCUCAAGCAUCUCUGGUCAUAAAAUGGACAGGGAUGAGACUGACGAAGGCUUGAAGAUUACUUCUAAGAAAAGAAGCAGGUCUCCUGCAAGAGCCAACAAACCACGGAGACCCAAGGACAGUGACAUUAAAGUGGACGACCUUGAGUUUUAG